CCAUGUUGGCCAGGAUGGUCUUGAUCUCUCAACCUAGUGAUCCACCCACCUCGGCCUCUCAAAGCACUGGGAUUACAAGUGUGAGCCACCGCACCCGGCCCAAAUAUUUGUUUAACAUUGACUAUAUGCCAGGGACUCUGCUGGGCACUGAGAGUGCAGCAAUGAAGAAGAGCAGGGCCUGUCCUCAGUAAGCUCCGGGGGGAAUGGGAGGAGAGAAUCAGAGGCAAGCCAAUAGGGACAGUGUGGGGUGAUGGGGGCAGCUCAGCACACUGCAGGGAUCCCAAAAGGUGAGGAGACCUCUAAGCUGAGUCCUACAGGAGAAGCAAGAAUAGAAGCAGGGCAGAGAUGGGGGUCAGCCCAUCAUUCAUAAACAAAAGGCAGAGUCUGAGAAGUGGGGACCAAAUUAUUUUGGAAUCUGCCAAUAGUGUGUGGGGAGGUAGGGGUGACUUUCCUGUAGUGGAGUGUGGGCUUCCUUGGAGGAUUCAGGCUAUUGCCAGGGCAGGAGGGAUGGUAAACUGCCUUUCAGGAGGCUUGCUUCUAGGAAAUUGAUUCUGGCUGCAGUGAGCGUGGACGCAGGCCUGGAUUCCAGGCAGGUUUCUGCCACUUCCCAGCUGUGUGGCCCUGGACAAAUCAUUUCCCCCCUCAAAAUCUCAUUGUCCUCGUCUGUAAAAUGCAGACAGCAGUUGUGAUGAUCAAAAUAAAUAUUUAUAUAAAGCACCUGGAACAUAACAGGCACCGAGGGAGGGAUGAAGGCCUUGAAGCCGCCUCUGCCCCUUGCCCUGGCUCUUCCCCAACCACUUCUUUCUUAGCUCCCCUGAGGUCUCAAGACUGUUCUUGACUAUUGUUUAUCAGCGAAAGAUCACAUGAAGAAGCCAACAGAGCCGCCAGGAAGCAGCCUGGGUGGAGCAGGGUUGGGGAGGAAAGAAACAUGGGUGCGUUCUCAGCGUUCCAGGAGGUCUCAGGGACCUACGCAGCCAGCCAGCCUCAGCACUCAUCUGCGGAGCCAUGGAGGCGCUGGGUCCUGGGGGCAACCGCGCCUCUCCGGCCUCGUCCACUAGCGGCCUGGACCUGCGGCAUCUGUCCGUGCGCGGGGACUCGGCCUACAGCUCUUUCUCCGCAGCCUCCAGUGGCCCCGAGCCGCGCACGCCAUCGCCGGGGACAGACCUCCUUCCUUACCUAGACUGGGACUACGUGCGCGCGGUUUGUGGCGGCCUGGGCUCCGCCCCGCCCGGCGCUGCCCUUUGUACAUCCCCUCGGGCCCCGCCCGCGGUCGCCGCCCGCAGUGGGCCGCAGCCACCAGAGGUCCCGGGGACCCUGGGGCCACUGAACAGGCAGGCCACCCCGCUGCUGUACGCGCUGGCUGCGGAGGCGAAGGCUGCUGCGCGGGAUGCUGAGCCACCCAGCCCGCCGGCCUCGAGGGCUGCCUACCGCCAGCGGCUGCAGGGCGCGCAGCGGCGAGUGCUACGAGCGACGUCGUUCCAGCGCAAGGAGCUCCGCAUGAGCCUGCAUGCCCGCCUGCGACCCACUGUCCCAGCGCAGCCCCCGGCGACUCACCCGCGCUCCGCCUCGCUCAGCCACCCGGGCGGGGAGGAGGAGCCGGCGCGAUCCCGGGCCCCCGCGCCAGGAACUGCCGGCCGGGGUCCCCUAGCCAACCAGCAGCGGAAGUGGUGCUUCUCCGAGCCAGGAAAGCUGGAUAGUGUGGGUCGGGGCGGUGGGCCCGCGGGGGAAUGCCUGGGUGAGGCCUGCUGCAGUUCUGGCCUCCCGGGGCAUGAGCUCUUGGAGUUCCAGCGUCCGGCGCUGGCUAAGUUUGAUCACCAGGUCGGAUGGCUGCCUGAGACGCAGCCCCAAGGCUCGACAGACCUGGACUCCGGGUCCUUGAAGCUUAGUGAUGCCUACGGGCCCGCCAGUCGGAGUCGGAGCGCUUUGGGCGAAGUGUUGAGUUCCUGGGGAGGAUCAGAAGGAACCAUACCCAUUGUCCAGGCUGUUCCCCAAGGAGCAGAAACCCCCAGACCAUUGUUUCAGACCAAAUUUUCCAGGUUCUUGCCUCAGAAGGAGGCUGCGGUGGUGUAUCCUGCAGAGGUACUCCAGAGCAGCCCUGCUGAGGGUGAGCAGAGGGUCUCAGAGACCUGCAUUGUGCAUGCCCGGCUUCCCUCCCUUCCUGAUGAAGUGUUCCUAGAAGAGGCCCCGCUGGUCAGAAUGAGAUCACCACCAGACCCCCAUGCCUCCCAGGGGCCCCCAGCCAGUGUCCAUGCCUCUGACCAGCAGUAUGGAACUGGCUUAGGCCAAAGAACUGGCCAGGCUGCAGUCCCUCCAGAGUACUCGUUCCAUGAGUGUCCAGGAACCACAGGGGCAGAUGACUGCUGGCAGGGGGUGAAUGGUUCUGUAGGUAUUUCCAGGCCCACAAGCCACAUCCCCACUGGGACUGCAAAUGGUAACAUCUCAACUGUUGACCCCACUGGACUGACCACCAAUCCCUCCACAGCUGCAGAGAGUGACCUCCUCAAACCUCUCCCAGUUGAUGCCUUGGGACUUUCAGGCAAUGAUACUCCAGGUUCCCCUCACAAUCCUGCCCUGGAUAGGGGCACUGGCCAGCCUGGUUCCAGGCCCCCAUGGCCCAGUCAGUGCCUCGGGGAACUGGUUCAGGAGCUGGCCAGAUUAGAUCCCUCUCUACUUGACCCUCUUGCUUCCCAGCCCAGCCCAGAGCCACCCCUGGGCCUGCUGGAUGGGCUGAUUCCUUUAGCAGAGGUCCGGGCUGCAAUGCUGCCUGCCUGUGGGGAGGCUGGAGAGGAGGCUGCCAGUACUUUUGAGCCAGGGUCCUAUCAGUUCAGCUUCACCCAGCUCCCGCCAGCUCCUCAGGAGGAGACAAGGCUUGAAAACCCUGCCACCCAGCCUGUGCCUGACCAGCCAUGUGGCCAGGGGCUCCUUGCACCAAACGACAGCAUCCAGGGCAAGAAAGUGAAGCUGGCCGCCCUCCUCCAAAAGAUGCUUCAGGACCUUCACACGGAGCAGGAGCGGCUGCAGGGGGAGGCCCAAGCGUGGGCCAGACGCCAAGCGGCUCUGGAGGCUGCAGUGCGCCAGGCCUGUGCCCCUCGGGAGCUGGAGCGGUUCAGCCGGUUCAUGGCCGACCUAGAGCGCGUGCUUGGCCUCUUGCUGCUGCUGGGCAGUCGCCUGGCGCGCGUGCGCCGCGCCCUGGCCCGGGCAGCCUCAGCCAGCGACCCUGAUGAGCAGGCCUCCCUGGUGCAGCGCCUCCGGCUACUGCAGCGGCAGGAGGAGGACGCCAAGGAGCUAAAGGACCACGUGGCGCGGCGCGAGCGGGCGGUGCGGGAGGUGCUGGUGCGAGCACUGCCGGUGGAGGAGCUGCGCGCCUAUUGCGCCCUGCUGGCCGGCAAGGCCGCCGUCCUGGCCCAGCAGCGCAGCCUGGACGAGCGCAUCCGCCUCCUUCAGGACCAACUGGACGCCAUCAGGGACGACCUUGGUCAUCAUCCCCCGUCUCCCAGCCCGGCCCGGCCCCCAGGGACCUGUCCUCCAGUUCAGCCGCCCUUCCCUCUUCUCCUUACCUAGUUAUAGGUGGAGAGGGUGGGGAGCACCGCCCCUACCUCUUACCCACGUAAGUGGGGUGAUGCUGAUUUAUUCUCUGCUUUUCCCUUGAGGGACUGACUGGGGAGGACCCAGGCCAGGUCUCUCUAAGAUACUCCUCCAAAGUGUUCUCAUGUGGCCUCGCCCAGGUCUUAUGGCUUAUGUGGUAAUUAAUUUAUGGAUCUUAAAAACUGCAGUGUUCCCCCAUUUUGUGAUGAGAGUGUGGGGCUGGCAGGGGUUGGUUGGAGGGAGGAGAGAAGAUAGAGGAGCACUUAAGGUGCAAAACAGCCUAUUUUUUCUUCAAUAAAAAUUGUUAAGAGAA